CAGAUUCAUCAGACGUGCAACACUCGUGACUACCAGAUCCUCUCUCACGCGCACCUUACAGCAGAGCGCCCGCUCUUGCGCCUAUAAAGCAGCACCGCACACCAGUAACAAAUCCUCGAUUGCUCGAUCGAGGCAAUCCAUCGGUGCACCUCUUCGACUUUCGGUCAAUAUCACUGCUACCAUCAUCAAGCGCUACGCGACAUUCAAACUCUGGCUCCUGCUCAACCCGGGCUGCUCCACCACUGAAUCCCUAGCAAUAGCCGCAGCUUCUCGUCUCAAGCAGUCUCGCGACCCGCAAGCGUUGUGCUUGACGCAGCGGUGACAGAGACAAGCUCGACCUGGCUGGAGUCUCGAAAGGACUUAGAAGGGCAACACCAGCCAAACCAACGCAUCUACUCCAGCCAGCACAGCCCCUUGCUUGGCCUGCAUCAUGACAAAGACGGACGUGCUGCCGUUUUUUUCCAGAGCAGUGUCAUGGAUGUUGGAGGGACCAUCUCACGUUUUGCUAAGUCUCACCUGCGCAUUGAUUGCUUGGUAUGCUCUGGACUUUCUCAGCAGACCUCAAUACUUUGGCAUUCCCGGACCUUUUUUGGCCAAAUUCUCCGACCUUUGGCUUACACGACAGGCUAUGAGAGGCGAUAGAUGGCGCGUAGUCGAUGAUCUGCACAGGCGCUACGGCAAGGUCGUCAGGCUCGCCCCGAAUCACAUUUCCAUUGCGGAUGCGGACGCUCUCAAUCCCAUCUAUGGUCAUUCCACCGGAACACUGAAGGAAGAACGCUUCUACAGCGGUUUCGUUCCGCCUGCUCCGGCUGUCAGGGGAUUGUUCAACACGACAAACAGGGCAGAACAUACGCGCAAGCGCAAGGCCGUCUCGCAUGCGUUCUCCCCAAAGCAAAUUGUCAGCUUUGAGCACUUUAUCCGUAAAGACGUUCAGCUGCUGCUGGAUCGCUGGGAUGAAUUUUGCAAAGCUGCGGAGGAGAAGCAAACGGAGGGCCCGCGGGGACUAAAAGGCUACGCCUGGCUUGACUCGCUAGAGUGGAUGAACUUCUUCGCCUUCGACACGAUUGGAGAUUUGGCUUUUGGCUCUACAUUUGGAAUGCUCGAGAGCGGCAAGGACGUCGCGAUGGCCGAGGUGGAAGAUGCCAACGGAAACAAGGAGACGAAGAAGUGUAGCGCUGUGGAAACUAUCAAUCUGCGCGGAGAGGUCAGCGCCACGAUUGGAUUGGUUCCUUAUUGGCUUCGUCCUCUGACCCUGAGACUGCCAUGGUUCGCCAAGCGCUUGCAGGCGGUCAGGACCCUGACCGGUAUCGCCCUCGCUCGAGUGAAUGAUCGACUGGUGAACGGGAGCGAGAGGGACGAUCUGCUCGCGGCAUUGCAGUCGGCAAAGGACGAGAAAGGUGAACAGAUGGAAAAAAGGGAAUUGACUGCAGAAGCUUUGACGCAGCUCAUUGCUGGUUCCGACACUACGAGCAACACCUCUUGUGCCAUCUUGUACCAUUUGGGAAGCACACCCGAUGCCCUCAAGAAAUUGCAAGUCGAACUUGACAAGGAGCUCGUCAAUGCUGAAGAUGUUCCGCUCAUGAGCGACGUCGAUCGGCUACCAUAUCUUCAGGGAGUGCUCAACGAGUCGAUGCGAACGCACGGCACCUCGUCGAUCGGGUUGCCGCGCGUGCUUCCUGCCCAGGGAGCCGUGAUCGCCGGCCAUUUCUUCCCCGGCGGCAGCGUUCUCUCUGUCCCCACAUACACCAUUCACCACGACGCUUCGGUUUGGGGAGCCGAUGCCAGGCAGUACAGACCGGACAGAUGGCUCGAUGCUAAUUACAAGAAAAAGACGGAAAAGGCUUUCAAUCCCUUUUCCGUCGGACCUAGAGCUUGCGUGGGCAGGAACGUGGCCCUGGCCGAGCUCAGCAUACUAAUCGCUGCUCUGAUCCAUCGCUACGACUUUGUGCUCGAGGAACCGGAGAAAUUCUUCCAGACCCGCGAAGGUUUUCUGAAGAAGCCGGUCGAGCUUCGUAUCGGCAUCAAGCGAAGGGGAUCCGCACGUGCUUCAUAGCCUUGCGCUCAAAUCCCAACUCGCUUCGAGCUUUCGGGAAGCAAAGUGAUUCUCUGAAGCGUGGCACCUUGACUAGCUUGGCCCGAAGCGCAUUCGGACAGACAGUGCACCAUACCGAACGUGCUCCCUGGGUUGUGAUGCAAAUUUCUGACACGCGCGCAUCGAGCUCCCUGUCGAUCAAGCUGGCCUUUAAUGAAUGAGAUGCUUGGCAAGAACA